GCGUCCACAAGAUGGCGCUGAGAGAAGAUCCUCACGCUGAAAAUGACCGCUUGCUUCCCAGAACACACCACGACACAUUUCGCAGUGGUGACUGGUGACCUUCCCUUCAGCUUUGCAGACAGUAAAGCGUACGCAUAUUCAGCAAGAAAAAUGGCAGGUGGUGCGAUCUCAGCUUGGUGGACCAGGAUGUCCCCCUACUACGCCAAGGCCUACCAGGAGAUGUGGGUGGGACUGGGCAUAAUGACAUACUUUUACUACAAGAUCUCCUACGGUGGGAAAAAAGCAGUGAAGGGAAAGCCUGCACAUUAAUUUGGAUGCCCUGCUGAUCCUGCCCUCGUUGGGAAAUAUAACUGCAGCUGCUGUACAUUGUUUGCCUCCUGUCUGUGUCUCAUGGAAAUUAAUACAUUAGUCUGUUUAGGACACUUGUACUGCUGUCAGUGCAGUUGUCUUGUCAUUGGGAAAUGGUGUGUUACACUGGCCUUUGAGCAAAGGUUCAGUGAUUACGUUAUACAAUGGAAAAGAUGUUUUAAUUUGAGGCAAGGCAUAUCCUGCUAUCCUGUUUUGGUCUUCAAACAACCUGAAAUAAAGUAAUUGAUUAAAAUCUGAA